AUGAGUGGAUUCCGAUUUUUGUCGCUGGUGCGGCCAUUUAUGCCGGUUCUGCCGGAGGUUUCUGCGCCUGAGCGCAAAGUGCCUUUCCAGCAGCGGGUUAUGUGGACUGCUAUUGUGCUUGCCAUUUUCCUGGUCUCGUCGCAGAUUCCUUUGUAUGGUAUUAUGUCCAGUGACUCUUCUGAUCCUUUGUACUGGAUGCGCGUGAUUCUCGCUUCGAAUCGCGGUACGCUUAUGGAGCUGGGUAUCUCGCCAAUCAUUACUUCUGGCAUGAUUAUACAACUGCUGGCCACCGCGAAUUUAGUGCAGGUUGACUUUACUUUGAAGGAGGACCGCGCAUUGCUUGGCGGUGCACAAAAGCUCUUUGCAUUGAUUAUUUCCUUGGGUCAGGCGACUGUCUACGUACUCACCGGCAUGUACGGGCCGCCCCGUGAACUGGGUGCGGGCGUUUGUCUUCUCUUGAUUCUUCAGCUGGUUGUCGCGGGACUUAUUGUGAUCUUGCUAGACGAGCUGCUUACCAAGGGCUAUGGUCUUGGUUCCGGUAUCUCGCUUUUUAUUGCAACCAACGUUUGUGAGACCAUCAUGUGGAAGGCCUUUUCUCCUACAACAGUCAACACGGGCCGCGGGCCGGAGUUUGAGGGCGCCGUCGUUGCGCUCUUCCAUCUUUUGUUCACUUGGCACAACAAAACGCGCGCGCUGAAGGAGGCCUUUUUCCGCGAGCGCCUGCCCAACGUCAGCGAACUCAUUGCCACGCUUGUCGUUUUCCUCAUCGUGAUUUACAUGCAGGGAUUCCGCGUAGAGAUUCCCAUCAAGUCGAGCCGCUUCCGUGGCCAGCGUGGCACUUUCCCGGUCAAGCUCUUUUACACGAGCAACAUGCCUAUCAUGCUGCUUAGUGCCUUGACUUCGAACUUGUUCAUCAUCAGCCAGAUGCUUGCGAUGCGUUUCCCGACCAACUUCUUUGUCAACAUGCUCGGUACUUGGUCCAGCGUCGAUGACAGCGUUCAGCUACAUGCUGUAGGUGGUGUUGUGUACUACUUGUCGCCCCCGACGAGCCUCUGGAGCGUGCUCCAGGAUCCUAUUCAUGCCACCAUCUAUAUUGCAUUCAUGCUCACUGCCUGCGCAGUGCUCUCGACCAUCUGGAUCGAGGUCUCGGGCAGCGGACCCAGGGACGUUGCAAAGCAGCUUAAAGACAACCAGAUGGUGAUUGCAGGCUACCGCGAUGCAAGCAUGUACAAGGAGCUCAAGCGCAUUAUCCCGACGGCCGCUGCCUUUGGCGGUGCUACGAUUGGCGCGCUCUCCGUUGUCGCAGACCUUAGUGGUGCGCUCGGCUCGGGCACCGGUAUCUUGCUUGCCGUGACGAUUAUCUACUCAUACUUUGAGAUCGGCAUCAAGGAAUCCCAAGGUAUGAACGGCGGUAUGGCAGAUUAA